AUGUGUCUCCAGUUCUCAAAAGUCCUCUUCUUACGCCUCCAAUUCUCAAAAGUACUCGGUUGCAAUGCAAACAAGAAUCCAGAAUGGGAUGUGUCUCCAGCCCAGAAAGCGGAAUCUUCAAUUCCUUUCAUGGAGGUGGUCUUCCCACAACAGUUUCAAGCCCCUCACGCCCCACUCCACCAACCGAAGCUUGUGGUCCAUACGAAGAAGAUGGAGAAGCUAUUACAUCUUGUGGAUACAACGGAGGUGAAACGGGGCCCACAAGAGAGCCCGGGGUAUUGGGUUGUCUCAGGAGCUAGACUUGUUGUGGAGAAGAAAAAUAAUUCUCUUGUUAUAUUACAUCAAAAGAUCUCUCUUGAGAUACUAGCUCCAUUGCUUGAUGUUGACAAUAACGAGUUUGGAGAUGGCAGUGGUAACGAUGACAAUUUUGGUAAAGGCAGAAAUGAGAAUGGGUUCAACGGUGAUCGCCAGAUUGGUAUUCAUUUUGAGAAAUUGAAGUUAAGAAUGGCGCUUAAGCUGCCAGCUGUUGAAGCUACAAAUGUUGUGAUUCAGUCAAUUGGAUGUGGUUAUGAUAUCUCGUUGGAUUUGAGGCUUAGCGAUCGCAGUCGUCGUUAUCUUUCAGAUGUUGGUAGAAAUUGA